AACGGCGGCAACCUCUCGGUGAUCAAGCUCAUAAAGAUGAACGAGAACACAUUUGUGCUGUUUAGGGAGGGGAAAAGGGUCACAUUAAGGCCAGAAGACCUGAGUACAGAGAAAAUAGGUGUCAUUUUCCAGGUACAAAAAGAGACCAUUUAUUUGACAGAUGACACAAAUGUGACUUCAUGUGCUAUGACCUCACUCGGAAAGGUCAUUAUGAAGUCCAUGGCAACAGCACCUCUCUAGAGAAGCUGCCCAGGGAACUUUCAUCUUGCCAGCAGCCAGUCAGAUUUUCUUUUCACCGUCCACCCAGUGCAGCUGCUGGCGCUGCGUCUUCACAUUCAAGGAGCACCCUGGUCAAAACCUUUGUCAGGAAUGUCUUCAUUGCUGAUGUCGUCAAUGGAAAGCUGGAGAGCAGCAAGAUGGUGACAGUCCGCUUCACAGAGUUUGAGGCCUGUGUUGCAACAAUCACUGACAAGGUGAAAGAAGCCCUCGGAGAACAGGAGCCUGUCAUUUUGACUGAUAGUCAGGGGAAUAAAAUAAUUGAUUCGGAAGGAACAAGAGGAUCAGUAUACUGGAAGCAAAAUUCCAGGAAAGUAUUUGCAGUACCUGAAGCUCAUCUGCUCCAGGUUAAUAAGAGGAGGCGGCUGAGUCGCAGAGAAGAUACUGGCCUUCAAGAGGUUGUAGCAGACAUUGAAGAUGUUGUCGAGGCAGCCCAAGGAUUAAAGGAAGUGUCACAGAUUAUCAAAGAUCUCAGUGGAUUUGGUCAUUCUACGAUGACGACAACCUUGUCUCUGUCAGAAGCCGAAGCAGCCUCUUUAAGAGAAAUCUGUAGCUGUCUCGUCUGUAAAGGUCUUUUAAAACGACCAAUGUUCUCCACCUGCUGUAGAAGCCUGAUUGGGUGUAAGGUGUGUGUAACAGAGUGGUGCAAAACCAGCACUUCCUGCCCCAAAUGUCGUGAAGACGAUUUAGAGGACAACAUCCAUGAAGUGGCUGGACUUGGUGAGGCCCUGGCACCACUGGAAAAGUUGCUCCUGUAGUAAAUAUAGUUUUUAUGUAUAAUUUAGCACUGUGUUUUGGAA